AUGUUACUCCUGGUCUCUAAUGCAAUUAUCUAUAAUUUUGAAGUUAUUAAACGUUAUCGUCAUGGUGAUGCUACCGAAUCAGCCUCAGAUUUUAUGUUUCAGGUGGGAAACGCAAGAUUAUCGGCCUUGCAACCUGGCACUUUACAAGGUGCCCCUACGUGGUCUAAUCAACUUCAUCAAAAUUUCAACCAACUUCAUCAAAGAUUCAAUUAA